GGGCCGGGCGGGCGGAGCGGAGCGCAGCGGCCGCCGCGAUGGAGCCCGACUCGGUUAUCGAGGACAAGACCAUCGAGCUCAUGACAAGUCUGAGAAGGAAAGCCCAUUCGAAUCCCCUUUCAUUCUGGAUUGGUGGAUCUGAAGCCCAGAAACAAAGUUUCAGAACACAUCAGUAAUGGAGGAUCAGAAUGAAGAUGAGUCUCCAAAGAAAAAUACCCUGUGGCAGAUAAGUAAUGGAACUUCAUCUGUGAUUGUCUCAAGAAAAAGACCAUCGGAAGGAAACUACGAAAAGGAAAAAGACUUGUGUAUAAAAUACUUUGACCAGUGGUCUGAAUCAGAUCAGGUGGAAUUUGUGGAACACCUCAUUUCCCGGAUGUGUCACUACCAGCAUGGACAUAUUAACUCUUACCUGAAGCCCAUGUUACAGCGGGACUUCAUCACUGCGCUGCCAGAGCAAGGCUUAGAUCACAUAGCAGAAAACAUCCUUUCCUAUCUCGAUGCCAGAUCGCUGUGUGCAGCAGAGCUGGUGUGUAAGGAGUGGCAGAGGGUGAUCUCAGAGGGGAUGCUGUGGAAGAAGCUCAUUGAGAGGAUGGUACGCACAGACCCGCUCUGGAAGGGGCUCUCAGAGAGGAGGGGCUGGGAUCAGUACCUGUUUAAAAACAGACCAACAGAUGGGCCCCCCAAUUCGUUUUACAGGUCCUUAUACCCAAAGAUAAUCCAGGAUAUAGAGACUAUAGAAUCCAACUGGAGGUGUGGGAGGCACAACUUGCAGAGGAUCCAGUGCCGCUCUGAGAACAGCAAAGGCGUUUACUGUUUACAGUACGAUGAUGAGAAGAUCAUCAGUGGCCUGCGAGAUAACUCCAUCAAGAUUUGGGACAAAACAAGCUUGGAAUGUUUGAAAGUAUUAACAGGACAUACUGGCUCAGUUCUUUGUCUGCAAUAUGAUGAAAGAGUUAUUGUAACUGGAUCUUCAGAUUCUACAGUAAGGGUGUGGGACGUGAACACGGGCGAGGUUCUGAACACGCUGAUCCACCACAACGAGGCCGUGCUGCACCUGCGCUUCAGCAACGGGCUGAUGGUGACGUGCUCCAAGGACAGGUCCAUCGCCGUGUGGGACAUGGCCUCCCCCACCGACAUCACGCUGCGCCGCGUGCUCGUGGGCCACCGCGCCGCCGUCAACGUCGUCGACUUCGACGACAAGUACAUCGUGUCGGCCUCGGGGGACAGGACCAUCAAGGUGUGGAGCACCAGCACGUGCGAGUUCGUGCGGACGCUGAACGGGCACAAGCGCGGCAUCGCCUGCCUGCAGUACCGGGACCGCCUGGUGGUCAGCGGCUCCUCGGACAACACCAUCAGGCUCUGGGACAUUGAAUGUGGUGCCUGUUUAAGAGUGUUGGAAGGCCAUGAAGAGCUGGUUCGCUGCAUCAGAUUCGACAACAAGAGGAUUGUUAGUGGAGCCUAUGAUGGGAAAAUUAAAGUUUGGGACUUGCAAGCUGCUCUUGACCCUCGUGCCCCAGCAAGUACAUUAUGCUUGCGUACAUUAGUGGAACAUUCAGGACGUGUCUUUAGGCUCCAGUUUGAUGAAUUUCAGAUCAUUAGUAGUUCCCAUGACGAUACAAUUCUGAUUUGGGAUUUCUUAAAUGUGCCACCGAGUGCCCAGAACGAGACCCGCUCUCCAUCUAGAACAUACACCUACAUCUCCAGAUAACAGUGUGCACUUUACUGCCCUCACAAGGGUUCCACAGUCUUGAACUACUGGAUCUUUGGCUACUACAUGCCUGAAGAUGAUUGACAGCUAAAGUCAGAAUUGGUUCUAGAUGCUGUGUAGAUGCAAAGCAGCACAAUUCUAUAUCUAAAUUUCUUAAUCUUUCCUGCUCUCAGUGGUCGUCUUUGAAUUUGCUACAAAUUCACUGACUUGGAGUAGAUGAAUUUCAGAAGCCUAUCCUUCCCUGCUGUGAGAAAUCCAAAGCUUCACAUGUAAAUUGUCAGUAGAAACUGAACUCUGAUGGCUUGUUUUUCAGAUAUAAAUCAGAAGUCAAGAAAGGACUUGGCCUAAUUUAUAUUGCUUUGCACUUUUGUCUGACUUUAAAGGAAAAAAAACAAACAAACAUUCUCCAGUGAAAUUUGGGUGCCAAACACAUGCCCAGAAUGUACAGAGCUUUGCUUUCCAGUCACCACUGUCCUUUAGGCGUCCCCAUGGCAGGUUCAGAGCCCCUUCUGUUCCCUAGGUGUACGUUGGACUCUUAGAAAUAUUCCUGAGUUGCUCAGUAAUAUUUUUGGAUUACAGUUUACUUGUUUCUGCACCAAUAAUUUCUUUUAAAUUAAAGAUUCCCUGGAAUUCGGGCUAGGUUACCUGAACUAGGUGUAUAGCACUGUCUUUUCCUUUGCCCUGUGCUCUGUACCUGCCCUCCUGCUCUCCUGAUGUUGGCUGUAGUCCCUGCUCCCCGUGUGCUUCCCUCAUCUCAGAUACUGUGUAAGCAUGUAGAUACCUUGUACAUACAGCAGAGUGCCAGCCUCGGGGUGUCCUGACACUACACACCAGCGCUCAGCCUGGUGGCACUUGGCAGCAGGAUGUCCUGACCCUGGCACUGGUGGUGACACCAUUACCUAGACAUUGUCUCUGCAAAAAGAGCUUUUCAGUAUUCAUUAGUUGGGGUUUUUGGUUUUUUUUUUGGUUUCGGUUUUGUUGGGUUGUUUUUUUUUUUGUUUUUUUUUUUUUUUCUAACGGGAACUACAUAUUUUAAAAUGUAAUAUCUAAACUUUUUAAGAAUUAAAAACUGUUUAAUUUAUGUUCUGUAUGUUAUAUUUUUGUGCCGCGGGGUUUGCAGCUGUGUCUCUGACCUGGGGGGCCUCGCAGCCCCGCUCAUGUCCUGGUAGCAUUGGUUUGGCUGCUCAGUGCAGGAGAGACCAUGGGCCAAAGUUGCAUUAUUUAUGUUUGGUUUGUGACACUUGUGGUGCUGAGAGGAGCCCGUUGCAGUCCCUGCUCUGCUCUCUGUGCCCAUUCCCAGUUCUGCUGUUAUCCCGGGGGAUCAGCUGUCCUGGCUCCUCCCCCAGUUCUCGCAGCGUCCCCGUCACCUGUGUGCUCGGCUCAGGAGGAGGCUGGAGCAGUGCAAAGGGAGUUUCCAGCCCCGUGGAGCCCGGCUGUGCUGCCAUUCCCAGCGCUGUCCGUCUGUCCUGCCCUGUGCUGCCAGCAGCUCCUGCCUCUCUCGGCUCCUUGCCUUUCCCUGUGCAGCCUGGGGAGCUCGAGGUGUGCCCAGCCCUGGCAGGGCUCAGUGCAGGGCUGCCCUCCCUGCCCCCUCCCGAGUUCCUUCAGCUAUUUAUUCAUCCAGAUGAGCCAAUGUGGCGAAGUCCAGAAGAGCAAAGUCGCUCCUGAGCGUCCAUGAGGUCACUUUUUGGUAAGCUUGACAGUAGUUCGUGCAAGUGUCUUACUUUACCCUUCUCAUCUAAUAGCUUUAAUAUUAAACUGUUUAAAAGAGAGAUCUGUUGCAGCCCUGAAGAAAAAGGUUCUUUGUUUCUGAAGAGCGGAGUCCUUUUUUUAAAAAUGCAUGUGUAAGAUUGAAAUUCCUGUUUUUCCUUGGGAGAUAAUGGUAUUUGAACAUGCAGUCUAAACUUCUUUGUGCUUUGUGUAACAUAGCAGUGGACUUUUGUGAUUGGCACCCAAGGAACUCGACUCCUGGGAUUCAUGGUAGUGAUCCUGGCUGCACUCUGGACUUUGUUUUGCUAACCAUAAUUGAGCAACUGUACAUUACUGCGAUAUUAAUGUUUCAAAGCACUGGGAUAGUCUAAUUCUAACUUGUAAUUAUGUUUGCCAAUUAUCUGUUUGGAAAGUUGGUGUAUGAACAGCUUCUUGAAACUGUUAAAUUGUACAGAUAUCGUUCAUGAUCUAAAGCUUUGUACUGUGGAAUGUGCUUAAUAAAAAAAAGUUUGAACUUAA